AGAUCAAUUAAUGUCAUAACAGUUCAAUAUAUAACACUAGUGUAAGCCAGUAUGGCUCUCUUCAAUGAAGAUGGGCUUAAAAAGAAAUUGAAUGAUCUUAACAUGUCCCAGCAAUCUAUACAAACACUAUCAUUGUGGUUGAUACACCACAAGAAGCAUGCCCACACAGUUGUCAAUGUUUGGAUGAGAGAGCUCAUGAAAGUGUCUGAUGCACGGAAGCUGGUUUUUAUGUACCUUGCAAAUGAUGUCAUUCAAAAUAGCAAGAAAAAAGGUCCAGAGUACAGCAAAGAGUUCCUAAAGAGACUACCUAAGGUUUUUGAACAUUUGGGAGCUAUAAGAUUGGAUGGCAAAUCUAAGCAAGGAGUUGAGAGGCUACUGGCCGUGUGGGAGGAACGAGGAGUCUUCAAUGAAUCUGCAAUACAAUCAUUCAAAAAGGGUUAUGAAGGCCUGAAAAACAUCUCCAUCAAAGCCUCUAAGACUGAACAGCCGCCUGCCAAGCGACCCAGAAGGUCCAGCAGUCUGGGAGCUGCGUCGGACGAAGACAUGGAGAGUGGCGUGGACUCUGAGGAUGGUGAAGAUUCCAACGCAGCUGCUACGGCUGCCACUGCCACUCCUGCUGGGGCUGUUGUCAAUCUUUCACCGCCAAGUCCUUCUUCUGCACCGCCCUUGAAGUCUCCGCCAGACCCUGAGCUACUCAUAUCUUCCCUGCAGUCGCUGGAGUCGGCAGCCACGGCUGACGCUGCAACGAGAGAGCAGAUUGCCAAGAUGCCAACCGCAGUGUCAGACUCUUCGUCCCUUGCAAAACUAAAAGACGCGACAGAAGGACGGGAGCUACUGAAGGUUGUGGACGAAGCACUGAAGCUGCUGCUGGAGUACAACGGUCGUCUUGCAAAGGAGAUGGAGUCUCGCAAAGCGCUGGCCAAGUUGCUCCAUGAUUCCAUCCGACAUCAGAAGGAGAAAAUUGUGCACACCGAAGAGAUGCUGGAGGAGUACCGCGUGAAGCUUGCGAAGGUUCUCAAAAUUAAGGCCGAGCUUCGAGCGCAUCUGCAAAAUCUUCCAGACAUAUCCAGGAUGCCUAAAGUUGGCUCUACGCUUCCCCCUCUACCUUCAGCUGGCGACCUGUUCACUGUUUAGGUCAAACUGCCAACUGUGUAGGUCGAGCUUUCGUGGCAGUCUCGACGCGAAUUCAUGUCUCAGUUACCGAAUAGAAGACUGGACUGGUCCAUGACUAGUUCUCGAAUUAUUACGGACGACUAAUUGGGAAUAUAUGCGAGCGUGGCUUUUUUAAUUACUUAAUGUUGAAUACAUUUCGAGCUACAUGCACCACCCUGACGAUUUUUUGUAUACUAUUGCAAUUUACAUUGAAGAAUGCCUUCUUGACGGGGACUAAAAAAUGCUACUUCGUUGAGCAAACAUUUUGAUGGUACUCUCAGUGAAAUGUAUUUCCGAAUACCAUCACAGAAAUAUUCUGUAUUAAAAAUGUGUAUCUUCUUGUUUCGCUUAAAAAAGGCUUGAAAAAUUAGAUACCUACCUUGUUGAGCCUGAGCAGCGUUUUGGAUUACCUUAUUCGCCAUAUUGGUGAAUUAUACGCCUUAGAAGUUAUUCCAGCGUAUGGUGACGACCAUCACGGCUCGAGUGUCGUCGCUGGAGAAAUCAAUGCAGCAUCUCGUCAAUAAGUGGUUAAGUAAGUUCUUUAUUACUUACAGCGAGCUUAAUUCUAAUGUCUGUAGCAAUUACUGAAAAUUUAAACUACGACUGUUAUUGGCAACCUGCUGCCCCCGAAAAGGGCAAUUUAACUUGCCAAACAAUCCCACCAUGUUGGUAGUUACUGUUCGUGUUAUUGAUAGUAACGAGUUUGUAAGAACUUUUAUAUUAUUUUAUACCGUUUUGGGUCUACAUUUAACGAGGGUUGAGGCAUUUUUCCCGACCAGGGAUAAAUCUGAGAGCUGUUUGCACUCGUUUGGGUGCAAAAGCUGUAUGGUUUUUGAGUUUUAAUACCUUUAACUAUUGAGUGUAUAUAGUCGAAGCAGCUGUUGUUGACUUCGAGUUGUCUCAACAUAUUGCGUAGUCGUGUCAUUAGUCAUACUGUCACCAUAACUUUGUUUCCGUUGUUAUCCUGAUUCGUUGGAACCGCCAUGCGAUUUUGCGCAUGCCGCCAUCGGCAUGCGGAGGAACUUUUGUUUUCUUUGGUUGGUUUCAUCCGAGCGUUGAUUAGUAUCUAAACUUUCUCGAUUGCGAUGACUUAUUUUGUACAACUUAGAGGUCGUCAAGAUACUUAACUGAAAUUACAUGUACAUACGAUGAUUCGUAAAUAUGAAAUAUACUGCUGUCUGACCUUAAAUAAAAGACACUGGCUUGUA